CCCUCAGGGCCCUGACAGCUAGCUCCGGACCCGUCACCUCAGGAGCCGGUGUGAACGCGAAGGAUGUGAAUGGAGUCUCAGUAUCUGAAGAAAUGCCUAGGAAGUUGCUUGAAAAAGGGACUGGCAGAGGUUGUAGAGCAUCGGCCAGCAGAUCCAAUAGAGUAUCUGGCACAUUGGAUUUACAAUUACAGAAAACUCUUAGAUGAAGAAAAAAAGAGAAUGUUGGAGAGGAUUGAGCUGGAACAAGAACGAGAGGCGGCCCUAGUAGAACUUGAAAUGUUAAGAAAAAUGAAGGAAGAAGAGCUAAUGAUCCAGCGGAAAUUUGAAGAACAACGUCAGGGUCAGUUGGAACAAGAACGCGAGGAGUUGGAACUGCAGAAUGAAGAAGAUGCAAUGCUGUUGCAGUGGAAAGAUCAAGAGGAAAAUGAAAAGACAAUAGCUGAACUUACAGAUAGACCUGGAGCGCCGCAUUUGACCAGAGUUGAGGAGCUAGAUGAGAAUGGGCAGUUUGAGAGUGUAACAGAUCUCAUGGCAGAAGCAGAACAAGAAAGUUCCCAACUGAUCUGAAAGCAGUAAAUAUAUUUUCUACUCAUUACUUGCUGAUCCUGAAGUGUAAUAUCUUAAUUUAUGUAUUUUAUAUAUAGAACUGAUUUACAUGCCAGUUGCUUCAGUUUCUGUGCUUUCUGGGUGUUUGUAUAAAGUCUGUUAAUUCUGGCACGUGAUGCUUCCUUUUUGUUCUUAAACCAUUGUAGCUAGCACGGCUGACUCAGAGGAAGAAAACUGCAAUUGAAAUGAAAGCAGUAAAUACAUUUUCUACUUAUUGCCCAUUGAUUUUUGAAGUGUAACCAUAAUAAUUAUAGAUAUAAUUAAUGUGUCAAGAUUAUUUUGGAGUAGAGGCUACAGUAUGAUAAUUUGAAUCAAUAUUAAAAGA